UCUCAGGGCUAGUGAGUGUGCUCUUACAAGACCCAGGUUUUACUCUGCCUUGGCCCUGGCUGCACUGCUUCAGUGACAGAGUGAAGAUUGGAAGGUUAACCAGACCCAGAGAAAAGUGCUGCAUAGUCUGUCUACCCUGUUGCUGAAUGACCUGUUGUGUGCAGUUCAGUGUCCCACUGCUCAUCUUCAGGUUCCCAUUCUCGGCCGUCUUCAGCUGUCUCCACUGCACCCCCCCCCCCCCCCCCCCCCCCCCCACACACACACACACACACACACACAUCACCACCAUUCCAUCCAUUUAUUCUUCACCUCAUCCAGUUAAAUCCAUGACUUCUGACCUAACACCAUGGCGUAUAAAUCACGCUUCUCUUUCUGGGAGCAAAAGGUUAAGGUUGAGAACAAGCCAGAUUCUGAUGUAGAUAAGGGUCAACCUCAGGGAAUUCCUGAAAUUGGUCUGGACACAGGAAGUGGUCCACAGUCAAGCGCAUCACCAGCUGAAGAAGCCAAUAACAACACUGGUAUGGGAGGUCCAGACACACCUGGGGAGGAGAAGAGUUCUAGUGGUAAAAAGGUGGUGAAAGUUGUCAGAAGAGUUGUCAGACGAGUGGUUCCUGCUGGAACAGAAGAGCGCAACCAGCACGCAGUUUCUGCAUCUGCUACAGAUGCUGCGAUCAGGAAAACAGGAGCUGCUGGGGUGGAAAAGGAUGAUAUAUCAGUGGGCCUAACAAGCCUGAUGGGAAGAGGCAGAACCAAGGAACAUCGGCCUCGCACCCGCACCCAGGACCGCAAGGAAGACACUGUGACGCAGGAAGAGGAGAACGAAAAGGUGGAGGAGGUUGAAGAAAAGACUGCUAUGACAAAAACAGAGGAAGUUUCAUCUGUGCCUACUACUGCAGCCCUUAACACUCCACCAAUAAAGUCUAAUCCCCUCACCCCUCCACUUGGGUUCAUCCCUCCACCCAAACCUGAUCCUUUGGCCCCACCUCCUGGUUUCAUCCCAGUCCCUAAGCAGAACGUGUUGACUCCACCACCAGGUUUCAUCCCCACCAGAAAAUCAAGCCCACUGCCCACAAAACAGAAUCCCCUUAUAAGACCUCCUGGUUUCAUUCCUGUCCCCAAGGCAGAUCCCUUGGCCCCUCCUGGUGGUUUCAUCCCAAAACCUCGUCCACUUGCUGUAACGAAACCAGAGGUGCAGGAAACAUCUUUCCCCCCUGUGGUCUCCAAUGGUAAACCUCCCCCUGUUGUCCUACCCCAGUCUGCAAAAAAUGAACAGCAUACCAAAUGCUACAAAUCUUCUCAGUCCAAACUUGUUGAGGAUCCCGUGGCCAUCCUUCAGGCAGCACACUCAGCUGCAACUAAGGUAAAGACUGAGGAGCAGCUGACAGCAGAGAAAACCUGGUAUAACACUGAGAAAGUAUGGCUUGUCCACAAGGAUGGAUUUUCCUUGGCAACUCUCCUGAAGAUGGAGACAGGCAGUCUGCCAGAGGGGAAGGUGAAAAUCCGCCUGGAGAGUGAUGGAUCUUUAUUGGAUGUGGAUGAAGACGAUGUAGAGAAGGCAAACCCUCCAGCGUUUGACCGAGUGGAGGACUUGGCCUCUCUGCAGUAUCUGAACGAGUCGAGUGUGAUGCACUCUCUGCGGCAGCGGUAUGGCAGCAACCUGGUGCACACCCACGCUGGGCCCAACAUGGUGGUCAUUAACCCCAUUAGUGCCCCUUCAAUGUAUUCGGAGAAGGUGAUGCAAAUGUUCAAGGGCUGCAGAAGAGAUGACACUGCUCCUCACAUUUAUGGAUUAGCACAGGCUGCCUACAGGAACCUGCUGACUACUCGCCAGGAUCAGUCCAUUGUAUUGCUGGGCAAGAGUGGAAGUGGCAAGACCACUAACUGUCAACACAUCAUCCAGUAUCUGGUUACAGUCGCAGGAAGCACCAACAGAACAUUCUCCACGGAAAAAUGGCAGGCAGUCUACACUGUUUUGGAGGCUUUUGGGAAUGCUUCUACGUGCAUGAAUGGCAAUGCUAGUCGCUUCACCCACAUUGUUUCCUUGGACUUUGACCAGGCGGGCCUGGUGACCUCAGCCUCUAUCCAGACAAUGCUUUUGGAGAAGAUGAGAGUGACAAGAAGACCAGAUGGAGAGUCCACUUUUAAUGUUUUUUACUAUCUAAUGGCUGGAGUAGAUAGCUCUCUGAGAACUGAGCUGCACCUUAACCACUUUGCUGAAAGCAGUGCCUUUGGAAUCAUGCCACAGACUAAGGCAGAGGAUAAACAGCGGGCCUCUCAGCAGUUUUUCAAACUGCAAGCAGCCAUGAAGGUUCUGGGGAUCAGCGGUGAUGAGCAGAGGGCCCUCUGGCUCAUCCUUGGGGCCAUUUACCACCUUGGGGCUGCGGGAACCACCAAGGCUGGCAGGAAACAAUUUGCACGUCAUGAGUGGGCUCAGAAGGCAGCCUACCUGCUGGGCUGCACCCUGGAGGAGCUCUCCUCUUCCAUCUUCAAGCACCAGGCCAAGGGCACCCUGCCCAGAGCCAGCACUAUUCGCCAGGCUUCUGACGAAAAUGGCACGGCAGAUGCAGCAUUCAAAGCAACAGCAAUGGAGUGUUUAGAAGCCAUGGCAUCCGGGCUUUACUCUGAACUCUUCACUACCGUCAUUUCUCUAAUAAACCGGGCUCUGAAAUCCAGCCAGCACUCCCUGUGUUCUCUGAUCAUUGUGGACACACCAGGCUUUCAAAACCCAAGGCUGGCUAAGCGUGAAUGUGGUGCAACCUUUGAAGACCUGUGCCACAACUACACUCAAGAGCGUCUGCAGACCCUCUUCUACCAGCGUACUUUUGUUCAGGAGCUGGAGCGAUACAAAGAGGAAAACAUAGAACUUUCCUUAGACGACACAGAAACCAGCACGUCUCUGUCUGUGGCAGUGGUAGACCAAGCUUCGAGUCAAGCACUGGUACGGACAGUGCGAACAGAUGAGGCCCGGGGUCUGUUGUGGUUGAUGGAGGAGGAGGCACUGCAGCCUGGGGGUUCAGAGGAAACACUGUUGGGACGCCUGUUUAGCUACUAUGGACCUGCUGAGGGCGAGAGUAAAGGUCACACUUUCCUGUUGAAAAGUGAAAAAGAUCAUAAUUUCCUGCUGGGCCACAGCCAUGGGACAGACUGGGUGGAGUAUGAUGCACGAGGGUGGCUCAGCUAUGCCAAGCAGAAUCCCGCCUCUACCAAUGCUGCGUCCCUCCUACAGGACUCGCAGAAAAAGAUCAUCGGCUCAUUGCUCAUGAACCGCACAGGUGGAACCACAGUUUUGUCCGGGUCUGUUGCUGGCCUUGAAGGUGUUUCCCAGCUGUCUUUGCGCCGGGCUACUAGCAUGAGGAAAUCCUUCGUCACAGGAGUAGCUGCCAUCAAGAAGAAGUCUUUGUGCAUUCAGAUAAAACUUCAAGUGGAUGCGCUUCUUGACAUGUUGCGGAGGUCCAGGAUUCAGUUUGUUCACUGCAUAUUGCCCAAGGCGGAUGCCCUCAAGGCGCUGAGUGGAUCUCUGUUCAAAGGAGUGGAAUGUGAGACUCAAGGGGAGAGUGGAGAUCCUAGCUUAAUGCAGCUAGAUGUAGCCUUGCUCCGUGCUCAGAUACGUGGAUCUAAGCUGCUUGAUGCUUUAAGAAUCUACAGACAAGGUUACCCUGAUCACAUGGUGUUCUCUGAGUUCCGACGGCGCUUUGAUGUGCUGGCACCGCAUCUCACCAAGAAGCACGGAAGAAAUUAUAUAGUGAAGGACGAGAAGAGAGCUGUAGAGGAGCUUCUGGAGUCCUUGGAUUUGGAGAAGAGCAGUUACCACAUGGGUCUGAGCAGGCUGUUCUUCAGAGCUGGAACCUUGGCUAAGCUGGAGGAACAGAGGGAUGAGCAGACCAAGUGCAAUCUAACCCUCUUCCAAGCUGCCUGUAGAGGUUACCUGGCACGGCAAGCCUUCAAGAAGAGAAAGAUUCAGGAUUUAGCCAUCCGUUGUAUUCAAAAAAACAUCAAGAAGAACCGUGGAGUGAAGGACUGGCCAUGGUGGAGGCUCUUUACCACAGUGCAGCCCCUCAUUAAAGUGCAGCUCACAGAGGACCAGAUGCGGAGCAAAGAUGAGGAGAUUCAGCAGCAGAAAUUGAAGCUUGAGAGAGUGGAGAAGGAACGAAAUGAGCUGAGACUCAAUACAGAUCGAUUGGAGAGCAGGAUCGCAGACUUGUUGGCAGAGCUCGCUGAUGAGAGAAGCACAAGUGAGUCAGCAUCCCAAUUGCUGGAGGCUGAGACUUCUGAGAGACUGCGCUUGGAGAAAGAUAUGAAGGAUCUACAGGCAAAGUUUGAUGCCAUGAAGAAACAGUUAGAAUCGCAGGAGAUGGAGGUGAUGGAAGCACGACUCAUGAAAACAUCAGAGCUAAAUGGGGAGAUGGACAUUGAUGAUGAAGAUGCUGGAGGAGAGUGGCGGAUAAAAUACAAUCGAGCCGUUCGUGAAAUGGACUUUGCCAAAAAGAAACUUCAGCAGGAGUUUGAUGACAAGCUGGAGACGGAACAGCAGAGCAAAAGACAUGUAGAGAGAAAGCUGGCUGAUUUGCAGACGGAUAAUGAGGAUUUGCAGCGCUCUGUGCAGCAGCUGAAGAAAAAGUGCCAGAAACUGACUGCCGAGCUGCAGGACACCAAGCUUCAUCUGGAGGGCCUGCAAAGUCGCAACCAUGAUCUGGAGAAGAAGCAGAGGAAAUUUGACCUGGAGCAGAACCAGGCUCAGGCUGAGGUACAGAGGGAAAGGAGCCAGAGGGAGAAGCUGGCUCGAGAGAAAGACAUAAUGACUGGUGAGAUGUUUAACCUCCGCCAGCAGCUGCAGGACAAGGACACUGAAUUGUGUGGCAUGAAUGUAAAGGUGCAACAACUGGAGGCAGAGCUACAGGAUUUGUCCUCCCAAGAGUCAAAGGAUGAGGCCUCACUUGCCAAGGUCAAGAAGCAGCUUCGUGACCUCGAGGCCAAGGUGAAAGACCAGGAGGAGGAGCUGGAUGAACAGGCUGGAAACAUCCAAAUGCUGGAGCAGACUAAGCUGCGGCUUGAGAUGGAGAUGGAGAGGCAGCGGCAGACCCACUCUAAAGAGAUUGAGAGUAAAGAUGAAGACGUAGAGGAGAUCAGGAGAUCUUGCAGUAAGAAGCUGAAACAGAUGGAGGUACAGCUGGAGGAGGAGUAUGAAGACAAGCAAAAAGUGUUGCGAGAGAGACGAGAGCUGGAAUCCAAACUGCUGAAUGCUCAGGACCAGGUGAGCCAGAGGGAUGUGGAGACAGAGAAGAGGCUCAGGAAAGACCUGAAGAGAACCAAAGUCCUUCUGGCUGAUGCACAGAUUAUGCUGGACCACCUGAAGAGUAAUGCCCCCAGCAAGAGGGAGAUCACUCAGCUCAAAAAUCAACUUGAGGAGUCAGAGUUUACUUGUGCAGCAUCAGUGAAGGCUCGAAAGAGUAUGGAGCUGGAAAUAGAGGACUUGCAUAUCCAAAUGGAGGAUAUGGUCAAAGCGAAGAUGUCGUUGGAGGAGCAGCUCAGCCGUCUGCAACGAGAGAAGAAUGACCUGCAGUCACGCAUGGAGGAGGAUCAGGAGGACAUGAAUGACCUGAUGAAGAAACACAAGGCUGCCGUAGCUCAGUCUGCCAGGGACUUAAGCCAGAUCAGUGACCUGCAGGCCCAGCUGGAAGAAGCCACAAAGGAGAAGCAGGAGAUCCAGGAAAAGCUCCAUUCGCUACAGAACCAGUUAGAGUUCCAAGAACAAUCCAUGGUGGAGAAGUCACUUGUGAGCCGCCAGGAGGCUAAAAUCCGUGAGAUAGAGACCAAACUGGAAUAUGAGAAAACGCAGGUUAAGCGGUUGGAGAGUCUGGUGGGUCGUCUGAAGGAGAAUCUUGAAAAGUUGACGGAGGAGAGAAAUCAGCACAUCACUGCAGAAAACAGGGAGAAAGACCAGAAUAAACGCACGCAGAGGCAGCUAAGGGACAUGAAAGAAGAAAUGGCAGAGCUGUCCAAGAAGGAGGCUGAGGCAAGCCGCAAGAAACAUGAGCUGGAAAUGGACAUCGAGAGCUUAGAGGCAGCAAAUCAGAGCUUACAAGUGGACCUUAAGUUAGCCUUCAAGAGGAUAGGGGAUCUGCAGGCUGCCAUUGAGGAUGAGAUGGAGAGUGAUGACAACGACGACCUAAUUAACAGUUUGCAAGACAUGGUGACAAAAUAUCAGAAAAGAAAGAACAAAACUGGAGAGGAGAUGGACACAGAUUCAGAAGUGGAGGACCGUGUGGACGGAGUCAAGUCUUGGCUCUCCAAGAACAAAGGCUCCUCCAAGACCAUGUCACAAGAGGGAAGUCUGAAGAGCACCAGCCCUCCUGUACACCGGAGAGAUGCGAGUCUGCUCAGAUCAGAUGAAGAGGAUGAGGUGGACAGAGAUGGGGGGCAGGCGCCGAGGCAGAUCAACUGCGAGGGCUCGCUGGCAGAGAGCUCGUCAUAAUCCACAGCCUGUCAACCUUGGUUUUUCAGUGACACCAAUCGCACAACAGGGACACAGUUCUUUUCUGCUAACUUUAUUACUCUUUCCCAGCCAACAAGAACAGAAAUGAGGCACACAAAGAAUGCUUUUUGUUGAGUAGGUUAGCUUGGGCAUUUCAUUAUCCUCAUUGUGGCACACCUAAUAACAUCAUAAAAUUAUUUUGCUUAAAUUAUGCUUCUUUUAAGUAUUAUUUGAAAGAAUAUUAAAAUGAAGGACUAUCAGAAGAACCUUUGUGCUGCUGCUUUAUUUAUAAGAGCUGCUUUUCAGGCAUAUUUAAGCACCCCUCUGCACUUUUCUGACUUUACAGAUAGCUCUGCCAAGAGGAUUUAGAUAAGCCUGCUUUGGUUUUGGACUUCUUCAAGAAGGUCUGACCAACUAUUAAGAUUAUUCUUAUCUUUUCCAUUAAUGUAGACUACUGCAGUGGGAGGAAUUAACCUCUUUUUAAUUAAUUAUCUCACUGCCCGUUUACAUAUGGCUCUUGUUGCAACUUGAGAUAUUCAUAAUUUUAAGAAUGUGAGGUUAGCUAAUUAUUGCUGACAGGAAAAAAAAAACAGACAAAACUAAAACCAAGCUGUUAGGGUUUUAAAGAUGACCUAUGUUGGAAAUUCUGAGAAAUGGAGUUAAGUUAAGAUUUCAAUGUGCAUUGAUAGUUUAAAUGGAUAUAUACUAUGUUGAAUCAAAUGCUUUAGAUGCAACUUAGAUAAAAUUGAAUAAAGCUACAAGUAUUUUAUUGAGAUGAAGUUUGCUGUAUUUUUGUGCUACUUGAAGUUCAAAGGGAAUGCAUUUUUUUGUUGCUAAUAUAGCUUCUUUAAAUAAUAUCCCACAGGAGAUUAUUCCAGUUUUUGGAUAUAUAAUAAAAUGAAGUCUGUUCUGAUCUCUCCGUUGCUGAUUUUACUACUUUAAAAGUGUACGAUGAAGAUGAUCUUUAGAGCAUUUUGGGCAAAUUGGCUUAAGCAAAUAAUUCCAUACCUUUUUGCUAUUUCAGGGUGCCAAAUAUGACAUGGAUUAUAUUCUUAUAAAUAGUUAAUGUUUGCAUAUGAGAAAAGUUUGGGUUGGGAAUGUAAAAGCAGCCCUUAAAAUCAUAUUCCUUUCUUUUAUAUUGAGGCUCUUUCUCAAAGCUGUCAUUUUGAAUGUAAUUUAAAGGAUCAUUAGAGCCAUAUGUUAAAAUAUCAGCAGCAGGAUUUGAAAGAUUCUUCCUUGUGUUGGGCUUUUUUCAUUCAAAGUACUGCCAAAAUACCUUUAAUUAAAACCACUCUGCUCAUAAAAUGUAAUACUUGUAUGUAAUUUCAGAUGCACAGAGGUAUGAAUUGAUUUCUUAUUGGCAUUUUUUUUCUUUUCAGGCACAUAUGAAAAUAACUGAAUACUUCUUUAUUUAACCUUGGUAAUGAUAUCCUUAGUGUGAUGUAAUGGAUUUUAAUGUAUGGGCUUUCUGCUCAUGCGAAGAAAAGCUUGAAGUGUCUGUCUUACUAUUAGCAUAUUAUUUUCUCAGUUUUCUUUUCUAUGCUUCAGACAUGAAUAUUAAUGUGGAACACAGGAAACUUUGAUGUCAGUUUUUCAGAAUAGACUUGUUAAAUGAAGAAGAAGAAGAAAAAAACCUCCAAGUUGGAGUAACCGACUUUACCAGAUAAUACUUCAAAACUUUGCACUUCAUCGUAUCUUUUUAAAAGGCUUGUCUAUUUUCAUUAUUGAACAGAUUGCCACAUGUUAUAUGCGUGAUCUCAGAGGGAUUUUUUUUUUUUUGGCAAAUAAAUUCUGCUGUUUACAAAAA